UUUUGCCCUCCUUAAUUGUCGUCCGCCGGAAAAACAUGAGAAUUUCCCGUCGGGGGAGCGCCGGCGUGCCCUAAGCCAUGCAAGCCACACCAUACGACGGCGCCGAGUCCUCAACUCCGCGAAUCCUCGCGGUUCUUUCCUACGUCUUGGAGCGACUCGUGGCUCGAAACGAGCGGCUCGGCUCCUCAACAAGCCCAGUGAGCCUGAGCAACCAGAGCUUGGCUGUCUUUCAUGGCGUUAGGGCACCAAGCAUAAGCAUUCCAAAGUAUUUAGAGAGGAUUUAUAAGUACACGAAUUGCAGCCCUUCCUGCUUUGUUGUGGGAUAUGUGUACAUGGAUCGUCUGUUUCACAGGUACCCCGAUGCGCCCCUGGUUUCUCUCAACGUCCAUCGAUUGCUCGUCACCAGUCUCAUGGUCGCUUCGAAGGUGCUCGACGAUGUGCAUUAUAACAAUGCAUUUUAUGCUAGGGUUGGAGGUGUGAGUAAUGCAGAGUUGAACCGGCUGGAACUUGAAAUGUUAUUCCUAUUGGAUUUCGGUGUUAUGGUGAGUUCUCGGGUGUUUGAGAGCUAUUGCUUGCAUUUGGAGAAGGAGAUGAUGUGCAACCCCUCAGCCCAUAAAAUUGAGAAAGUCAUGUGGAAUUUAGACAAUGAGAUUGAAUUGUCCAUUGAAGAAACACCAAAAACUUCACCUCCUGAGAUCUUGUACUGACAAGUCAUAAUGGAAAAGCAUAGGAAAAAAAAGAAAAAAAUGAAGAUUCAUGUUCUCUUUCAAUCCAAUGCUAUGUGGGAUAUGAAAUUUGUCAUGUGAAUGCAUAAAAUUUCAUUUUCCAACU